GUGUGUGUGUGUGUGUGUGUGUGUGUGUUUAGUUAGCUGGCACGAUACACUUCCCCAGGGUUAUGUUUCCUUUUUCCUGAGAUUUGGCUAAGGGUAAAGGGUCCGGAGUCACAUGGAUUGAAAGCAUUUGAUUGAUGUCCAAGUCACCGCUGUGGCUGGAGCCACCUCCCCUCGGACUGGAGCCGCGUGAGGCCGGAGCAGCGGGCCGGGCCGGGCUCCCGCUCUCCCGGCACUGUCCUGCUCUGAGUCCCGGGCGUCCCGCGCGCGCGCCGCAGCCCAAGCACCGUCCUCUGCCCAAGCCCCGGCCUUGGGCCAGCAAGUGAAGCUGCGCCUUCGGGCUGGGACUCCGCAGAGGCGGCUACCCUGCGUGCGGCAUUGGCGGUAGCAGGCGCGGGGCAGCGCACUUGCCCCCAGCCCCGCGCCCCGCUGGCCACCAUGAGCGACGAAAGCGCCAGGGACGCGGACAAGCAGCUUCGCCUGCGCGUGUGUGUGCUCAGCGAGCUGCAGAAGACCGAGCGCGACUACGUGGGCACUCUGGAGUUCCUGGUGUCGGCCUUUUUGCAUCGAAUGAACCAGUGUGCAGCAGCAAAGAUUGAUAAAAAUGUGACGGAAGAAACAGUGAAGUUGUUAUUCUCCAAUAUCGAGGAGAUCCUCGCCGUACAUAAGGAGUUCUUGAAAGUUGUAGAACAAUGCUUACAUCCGGAACCCAAUGCCCAGCAGGAAGUGGGAACCUGCUUUCUUCACUUUAAGGACAAGUUUCGUAUCUAUGAUGAAUAUUGUAGUAACCACGAAAAGGCACAAAAAUUGCUUCUUGAACUGAACAAAAUAAGAACAAUCCGGACGUUUCUUUUGAACUGCAUGCUGCUUGGAGGCCGGAAGAAUACAGACGUUCCCUUGGAAGGAUAUUUAGUGACACCAAUUCAGAGGAUAUGCAAGUACCCUCUUCUUUUGAAGGAAUUACUGAAGCGGACUCCACGGAAACAUAGUGACUACGCAGCAGUGAUGGAAGCCCUCCAAGCCAUGAAAGCUGUUUGUUCCAACAUUAAUGAGGCCAAGAGACAGAUGGAGAAACUGGAAGUUUUAGAAGAGUGGCAGGCACACAUUGAAGGCUGGGAGGGGUCCAACAUUACAGACACCUGUACUGAGAUGCUGAUGUGUGGAGUCCUAAUGAAAAUUUCUUCCGGAAAUAUUCAAGAACGGGUGUUUUUUCUUUUUGAUAAUCUUUUGGUAUACUGCAAAAGAAAACACAGACGGCUGAAGAAUAGUAAGGCAUCUACAGAUGGGCAUCGGUAUGUCUUUCGAGGGCGGAUCAAUACUGAGGUGAUGGAAGUGGAAAAUGUGGAUGAUGGCACAGCUGAUUUUCACAGCAGUGGGCACAUUGUUGUGAAUGGGUGGAAGAUACACAACACAGCAAAAAAUAAAUGGUUCGUAUGCAUGGCUAAAAGUCCUGAAGAAAAGCAUGAAUGGUUUGAAGCUAUUUUGAAAGAAAGAGAACGUCGGAAAGGGUUAAAAUUAGGAAUGGAACAAGACACCUGGGUAAUGAUAUCCGAGCAGGGUGAGAAAUUGUAUAAAAUGAUGUGCAAACAGGGAAAUUUGAUCAAAGACAGAAAAAGAAAACUGACCACAUUCCCUAAGUGCUUCCUGGGAAGUGAAUUUGUCUCAUGGCUGUUGGAAAUUGGAGAGAUUCACAAGCCUGAAGAAGGUGUUCAUUUAGGACAAGCAUUGCUAGAAAAUGGGAUCAUCCACCAUGUUACUGAUAAGCACCAGUUCAAGCCAGAGCAAAUGCUGUACCGAUUCCGGUAUGACGAUGGGACGUUUUACCCCAGGAGUGAGAUGCAGGAUGUGAUUUCUAAGGGGGUGAGACUCUACUGUCGUCUUCAUAGUCUGUUCACUCCUGUUGUCAGAGAUAAAGAUUACCACUUAAGAACUUACAAAUCUGUCGUCAUGGCCAACAAAUUGAUAGACUGGUUAAUUGCACAGGGUGAUUGCCGUACCAGGGAAGAGGCAAUGAUAUUUGCUGUUGGGCUCUGUGACAAUGGAUUUAUGCAUCACGUCCUAGAAAAAAGUGAAUUCAAAGAUGAACCUCUACUUUUCCGAUUUUUUGCUGACGAGGAAAUGGAAGGAUCAAAUAUGAAGCAUAGGCUUAUGAAACAUGACUUGAAGGUUGUGGAGAAUGUCAUAGCUAAGUCACUGUUGAUUAAAUCCAAUGGAGGCAGCUAUGGCUUUGGGCUGGAAGACAAAAACAAAGUUCCAAUAAUAAAAUUAGUGGAAAAGGGGUCGAAUGCCGAGAUGGCUGGCAUGGAAGUUGGGAAGAAGAUAUUUGCUAUUAAUGGUGACCUUGUUUUUCUGAGACCUUUUCCUGAAGUUGAUUGCUUCCUGAAAUCAUGCUUAAACAGCAGAAAGCCACUGAGAGUCCUCGUGAGCACAAAGCCAAGGGAGACUGUUAAGAUCCCAGAUUCUGCAGAUGGGCUUGGUUUCCAGAUCAGAGGCUUUGGACCUUCGGUGGUCCAUGCCGUGGGAAGAGGUACUGUGGCUGCAGCAGCUGGCCUUCAUCCAGGACAAUGUAUUAUCAAAGUAAAUGGCAUCAAUGUCAGCAAAGAGACACAUUCCAGUGUCAUUGCACAUGUCACAGCCUGCAGGAAAUACAAGCGGCCAAUGAAGCAAGAUUCCAUACAGUGGGUCUAUGAUAGUCUUGAAAGUGCUCAUGAAGACAUUCAGAAGUCCCACUCAAAGCCCUCUGGAGAUGGCGAUGGGGAUGCUUUCGACUGCAAAGUAGAAGAUGUCAUCGACAAGUUCAACACCAUGGCUUUUAUCGAUGGCAAGAAGGAGCAUGUGAGUCUGACGGUGGACAACGUCCACCUCGAGUAUGGGGUUGUGUAUGAGUAUGACAGCACGGCGGGCACAAAGUGCAAUGUGGUGGAGAAGAUGGUGGAGCCCAAAGGGUUCUUCAGCCUAACUGCCAAGAUUCUGGAAGCCCUAGCAAAAAGUGACGAACAUUUUGUCCAAAACUGUGCCAGCCUUAAUUCUUUGAAUGAAGUGAUUGCCACUGACCUUCAGAGUAAAUUCACCAGCAUGUGCAGUGAGAGGAUCGAACAUGUGUGCCACAGAAUAUCCAGCUAUGGGAGGUUCUCUCGGGUGCUGAAGAACAGAGCCUGGCCCACCUUUAAGCAGGCCAAACCUAAGAUCUCCCCACUGCACAGCAGUGAUUUCUGCCCAACCAACUGCCAUGUCAAUGUGAUGGAAGUUUCUUAUCCAAAAACAUCAACUUCCCUGGGGAGUGCCUUCGGUGUGCAGCUAGAUAGUAGGAAACAUAAUUCUCAUGAUAAAGAAAAUAAAUCUCCGGAGCCAGGGAAACUGAGCCCCAUGGUGUACAUUCAGCAUACAAUCACGACCAUGGCAGCCCCUUCAGGCCUGUCACUGGGGCACAAGGAUGGCCAUGGCCUCCGGUACUUGCUGAAAAAAGAAGACUUAGAGACUCAAGAUAUCUAUCACAAACUCCUGGGCAAGCUCCAGACUGCACUGAAGGAGGUGGAGAUGUGCGUUUGUCAAAUCGAUGACCUUCUGUCUUCAAUAACAUAUUCUCCUAAAUUGGAGCAUAAGACAACAGAGUGUGUGAUAUCAACGGACAGCGACAAUGAGAAGGGAGAGAGAAAUAGCAAACGUGUCUGUUUUAACGUAGCAGGGGACGAGCAAGAGGAUUCAGGUCAUGAUACUGUCAGCAACAGAGACUCUUACAGUGACUGCAACAGCAACAGGAAUUCCAUUGCCUCCUUCACGAGUAUCUGUAGCAGCCAGUGCAGUUCCUACUUCCACAGUGACGAGAUGGACUCAGGUGAUGAGCUUCCUAUCACUGUCCGGAUAUCUCAUGAUAAACAAGACAAGAUACAUACUUGCCUGGAGCAGCUCUUCAGCCAGAUUGAUUCAAUAAUCAACCUCUUGAAAGGACAAGCUGUUAUAAGGGCCUUUGAGCAAACCAAAUAUCUCACACCAGGUCGAGGAUUACAAGAAUUCCAACAGGAAAUGGAGGCAAAGCUGAGUUGCCCCAGGAGGCUGCGGCUCCACCUCAAGCAGGAUCCUUGGAAUCUUCCCAGCAGCGUCCGGGCUCUUGCACAGAGCAUCAGAAAAUAUGUUGAAGAAGUGAAGUGCCGCACACUGCUGGCUCUCCUUGAAUACUCAGAUAGUGAGACCCAUCUCCGGAGAGACAUGGUUUUCUGCCAAAGUCUUGUGGCCACUGUCUGUGCCUUCUCUGAGCAGCUCAUGGCUGCCUUAAACCAGAUGUUUGACAACAGCAAGGAAAAUGAAAUGGAGACUUGGGAAGCCAGCAGGAGGUGGCUGGACCAGAUUGCAAAUGUGGGUGUGCUUUUUCACUUCCAAUCACUUCUGUCACCAAAUUUGAAAGAUGAACAAGCCAUGCUUGAGGAUACACUGGUUGCCCUGUUUGAUUUGGAAAAAGUUUCCUUCUUCUUUAAGCCGUCAGAAGAGGAGCCACUGGUUGCAAAUGUCCCUCUUACCUACCAAGUGGAAGGAAGCCGGCAGGCUCUGAAAGUUUACUUCUACAUGGAUAAUUACCAUUUUGAGCAGCUGCCCCAACGGCUGAGGAAUGGAGGAGGGUUUAAAAUUCAUCCUGUCCUCUUUUCACAAGCAUUGGAGAGCAUGGAAGAAUAUUGCUAUAGAGACAACAUCUCCGUGGAAGAGUUUCAAGCACAAAUAAACACAGCCUCCCUGGAAAAGGUCAAACAAUAUAAUCAGAAGCUCAGGGCAUUCUACUUGGACAAGUCAAAUUCCCCACCGAAUGCCACAUCUAAAGCUGCCUACAUAGAUAAGCUCAUGAGGUCUCUCAAUGCUUUAGAUGAGCUUUACCGGCUGAUCACCUCGUUUAUCAGAUCCAAACGCAUCGCCGCCUGUGUGAACACACCUUGCAGCGCCUCUGGAGUCGGGCUGCUGUCAGUUUCUUCAGAGCUGUGUGACAGGCUUGGUGCCUGUCACAUCAUCAUGUGCAGCAGUGGUGUGCACCGGUGCACCCUGAGUGUGACACUGGAGCAAGCCAUCACUCUAGCAAGAAGCCACGGGCUCCCUCCUCGGUACAUUAUGCAGGCCACGGAUGUGAUGAGAAAGCAGGGUGCAAGAGUUCAGAACACAGCUAAGAACUUGGGGGUUAGAGAUCGGACUCCUCAGUCAGCUCCGAGGUUGUACAAGCUGUGUGAGCCACCACCUCCAGUAGAAGAAUAAGCAUCCUCAUGAGCCAUGGGACAGAUGUUUCCAAAUGCUGGCCAAGUCAACAUUCUCCACCGAAGACAAAGAAAUGCAUAUUUAAAAUGUAAAGUCUUUCCAUGAUGUAAACAACUGAUGUUUGGUUUGGAUAUUUAUGCUGGAAUAGAAGUUCUUUCAGCCUCACACUCUAUAUAUUAAGAUUACAGAUUCAUAUUAGGGCAAAAUUCACUGCUCAUAUUUGUAGGAAAAUAUAUGGAGAUAAAAGAUUAAAUAUUUUGGUUCCUUUUUCAUUCAUUAAUUAUAUUGUAUUUGUUUUUAGCUUCCCCAAUGGACAGAUAUAAUACUUGAUAGUUCUUCUUGAAGAAGUCUGUCCUAAAAUGAUGGCCACACUCAGGAAACAAUCAUACAGAAAUGUUAAGGACAGUGUAGAAGGGGAGUUACAGGUGUCCCAUCUACCACUUGUGCCACCCAGUGGGAGGUAGGGACAUAUAUGCCGCCCUUUCUUCUAAGGCUUCCUGGUAAUUAAGAAAGCUAAGAGGUCCUGGCAAGACUUUUUUCAUUUUUGUCAUACUCUCCGGCCAAGCCAUAUAAACACUCCAGCAGGCAGGUGUUUUUCUUGAUCUCUACAAUGAGACAUGGAUACUAUGUGAUGUACCACUGACAGCUGUAGGUAGGGAGUUGUCAGGGUUGGGAAAAUGAGAGGAGUGAAUGAGGAUGGAAAAUAAGAAGUGUAUUUGACGACUCACACCUUAACAGAGAAAGAUAAACUCUUAAUUGUAUGAAGUCUUCCUAUGAGAUGUCAGACCCUUAAAAUAACACACCUUCAUGAGUAUUUCUCUAUCAAGUUAUAUGUGUAUGAUGUGAAAAUGGAUUUAUUUGUUGUACUUCAAAGGGUCACUAGAAAAGAACCUUGAUAAUUUAUGGAACCAAGGUAUAGACUGUAUUCAUUCUAAAGUAUAUGCAAUAUUUAUCACUUCUGUGUUGAUAUUUUAAUAUUAUUUUUAGCACAUAAAUAUAUUAAUAUUGGUUUUAAAUAUAUAUAUCUUUACCAUAAUUAAAACAGCAUUACUGUGAUUAUGAUAGAGUUGUGCUUUGCUUAAUGAUAGGAAUAAAUUGUGCCUCUAGGCAAUAUUAUCAUUGUACAAAUGUCAUGGGGUGUACUUACACAAGCUGAGAUGACUGUGACCUCAUUAGACAGUAUGGCCUACGGAACUAUGUCCUAUAGGCUGUCCAUCACUGACCCAAAGGCCUCUAACAGCACAGAGCUGUGUAUAUCCAUGAGCUAAGCACACGAAAUCCUUACUUUAACUACUGUUUUGGCAAACCAUUAUUCAGUUUUACUUUAUAAAUCUCAUAAUGAAUUUCAGACUAUCAUUAAAAGCUGUCGUUACUGCCAGUGAUAUAUUGAAUUUAAAAAUGUGUUUCAAAGGUAUGGGAUAUAUAUAUAUCCCUCGGUUAAGGUGAAAAUUAUUCAGCAGAGUACUUGAGAUUUUUUUCAGUAAAUCUAUAUGUGAUUUAUCAUAGAGAAACCAACAUCAGUUUCUAAAGAAAAGCCUUAGCAUUUUGAAUUUAGUAAGUAUAUGACCUACAUUUGCACAUAUGUGACAUAUCCAUAAUUUUCAGGAUUAAUAUUUUUGUUAUCAUCAUAUACAACUGUGAAGCUCUGGUAGAGGCUGCCUUCUCUGAAAGUCUUUAAGAAAGAGUAAGGAGAGCUGGUUGACCCACUAGGCAGACCCUUCACACUGCUUUAUGUGCUCACCAGCCUCAGUAACUCUCCACAGAAGAGCAGAAGGGCUAAGAAGUAUGCUUAUUUCUCCUGGGCGUAUUACCUGCUUUUGCAAUAUUUAUAAAUUAGUGUAUUUUAAAGAUCCAGUCCAUUAACAGAAUGUGUUUAAUGUCAUCCUUUUGAGUUAAACAUAUUAUUUGUGCACGAGUACUUACAAACUUUAAAAGUUUGCUAAUGUUUUAUAGUAAUAUCUAUUAGUCUCAUUUUGUCAUAAUAAAAUCACAGCUGACAUGAUUUACUAUCUAAUAAAUAGCCACGUUUGAUUACCUAGCCCAUGGUUUACUAUUCCUCCUUCACAUAGCCUUGUAGCAGGGAUGAAAGCUGACCUUGUCUUAUUACCUGCACUUCACAGUUCAGCUAAAGCAAAGACUAACCCAGUGACUUACCCAAGUUCACCUGCUGAACAUGGCAGAGUCAGAGAUAAUGUAGGAAACCUGUCUUCUUAAUGAUUGCACUGCUUUUAUCUGUCAUAUGAGAACCAGUAUAAUAUUAACAAGUAUUUUCUGACUAAAAUUGGAGUUUUGUGAUAUGUAUUGUCAUUUAAUUAUAUAGAACAUGUUACAAAAUCAAAUGGGAAUAUGCAUAAUGCCUUUAAUGUACAAGAACUAUAUUCUUGGCAUUUCUCAUUCAUAACUGAAGAGUCUCUACAUGUAUUGCAAGCCAGGAGUAGGACACUAUAUAAAAUUUGAGUAUAACGUUAAAAGUUUUAUCACUUAAAAACCUGUGAUAAGUGAGUAAUCAUUUUUCAGUACCAUAAUACAUACCUUCUAUCUACAUUGGGAUUUUAGCAGGCCUUUGUAGUUUAGAACACCCUUCCUUUAAUGUUGCCCUGUCCUCUGUAAGUGGGCAUUAUUGAUAAGCUAAGGAAAAACACUGCUUACUGUUCUUACAAAUUCUCUAUGUGGACAUAGGUUCCUGUCUACCCACUGAGAGAUUUCAGAUCUUAUCAUAUUUACUAUCUUAAAGAUUUUCUCAUUGAUUUCUAACAUAAAAUUUGAUUUUGUACAAAUAUGAAAAUUUAAGGGCUGAAAGUAUGAAAGAAAGACAGACAGAGGAUGAUAAUUUCUGGUCCAGGUUUACUUGGCAGGGAUAUGUAAUGCUGGGUUUCUAGUGUCUGCUCUGUCCUGUAAACCAGGAGCAGUGUCCUGUAGUGAGCACAUAGAUAUUAUCUGCAGGACCAUACUACUUUCUUCCCUUUAUCAGGAGUUUUCUGGUGUCUUCAAUCCCCUAUGUAUUUGCUGGCCACUCUUUUUGCCGCAAGAUAUUUAAUUAAACAGGAAGGUAAAGCUGGGAAUGUGGCACAGUGGUUGAGCGCUUGCCUAGCACAGGUGAAGCCAUGUUAAACCAUGCUGGCUCUCCUUUAAGCCAAUGGUGGCUCACACCUUUAAUCCCAGUACUUGGAGAGUCAGUAGGAUUGCCAGGAGUUCAAGAGGAGCUUGAGCUCCAUAUGAAUGUGAGGCCUGUCUGAACGACAGUGUGAGAGAUGGCCUAUGAAGGAUACUAUAUUGUGUGUUAUGUGGAGUUGGCACUAUUUCUGGCUCUAUUGAUUUUAACAUUGAAUAGCUCAAUUCAGAAUGAAAUGAAGUUGAUCCUAUGCUAACUUUAAUGGUGAAGAAAAUCAAUGAGAAGGAAAUUCAAGAGGAGAUAUUAGCUAACUUAAGCAAACAAUGUCCUGUAGUGAGCACAUAGAUAUUAUAGGCAAGGUUCUUUAAAGCUAUCUCAAACUAUCAAGUAUUCUUACACAAGUCCAAGCAUCUAUAGUCCUGUAAAAUAUGAGUCACCACAUCUAAGCAGGUGUUUUCUUAGGCAUUUGGGUUUUUAUAAAAUCAUAAUAUUAAAAUUUCAAAGUAAUAAUAUUGCUUUUUAAGUCAUUUGCCCUUUAAAAAAAAUUGAAAGUUAUUCUAGAAAUCUACCCCAGUGGUAUUACAAUCAAACUACUAAAGCUUUGUAUCUGACCAAAUGGCUUCUAAAUUUUAGGAACUUUCAUUUUUAAAGUCUGUUUUUAUGUGAGUGUCCCUGUGAAACUGUGGUCUAGUGACUCUUCCUUAAACAAUUACAACUUCAUUAGCAUACAUAAGUUUCAAUUAGGUAGGACACACUAUACUUUUACAUGUUUGGAAUUUUAUGGGAUAGCCUCAGGAAAACCUUUACUCUGAAGAACAGGUAGGGGAAACUUAAGAGGCAUCUUUAACAAGAAUGGCCUCAGCAUAGCAGUUUUACAAAAUGGCCACCAUUUUAUUAGGUGUUGCAAUUCCAUGUUGAUCAUAGUGAUUAAUACUUGGUUCCAGAAUCAUUUGGUACUUUAAUGGUUUGCCGUUGUCACUGUUGUUAACCUUCCUGUUGCCAAGCACCGCCUGGCAUCUCUAUUAAAGUACCAUCAGUCUGAGCGACUCUCAGUGGUGACCUAGUGGGAAGUCUGCCUCAUGCAGAACAGUGUAUUCUCUUACUGGGUUAGGUUUCUGAAGUCUACUAAGUCUGAUAAUGAUAUGAAGAUAUGUGUGUUCUCAUAUAACAUAAACCACUUUUUAGCUUUAUGAACAUUAAUAAUAAACAUUAGAUUUUGGUGUCUUCUUUGUAUGAAAAUAUGAGACAUGUAUUUUAUGGACAGACUAUAUGACAUCUGCUGUCUACAAAGGCAUUGUCUACAAAGGCACUAUCUACAAAGGCGCUGUCUACAAAGGCGCUGUCUACAAAGGCGCUGUCUUCAAAGGCGCUGUCUACAAAGGCGCUGUAUACAAAGGCGCUGCCUAUACCAUAGGUGGACUUGUGGGUUGCCCUUUGUUCACUCAUAGUCUUCUGCUAUUUGUGUGAUCCAGCUUGGUUUUUGUUUUGUUUUGUUUGCCAUUACUGUGACAAAUCAUCUGAGAUAAUUAAGUUACAAAAAGGAAAGGUUUAUUUUUGGCUCAAAGUGUUGGAGGUUCUAAUCCACAAUCAACUGAAUGAAGCCUGUGGUUGGGCUUGUCAUGAAGUAGCAACUCGUGACAGAGGAAAAUAGCAAGACUACUUUGCUCAUUAGCCAGAUCACAAAGAUGAGUAAGAGACUUUGUCCCCACAGUCUUUCAAAGAUAGCCUUCAACAGACACAGGAACCACCCAUUGGCCUCUGUCUUCCAGGUGUUUCACCACCUCCCAAUAGGACUGAACCCUUAAUAUAGGGACCUUUGGGAGACAUGCCAGGGUCCAAACUAAAUCAUUAUCCAGUCAAUGUCAAAUCUGCUUUUCUAGUUAAUCAUUAAGAAUUAGCUUACAAUGAAUAUAAUUGCUGAAUUUUUAAAUGGUAGUUACUAGAAAUACUGUUAAUACAAAAAUAAAGAUUGGGUAAUUAAUUUUAGGUGCAGACAAUGAUAACUAUUAUCCAUUCAUAUAAUCAUUCAACACGUUUUGAAAUUCACUUAAUAAGGCCCAACAAGAAUUGAGUGUAUUAGAUAGAUUUAAUUAAAAAGAGAUCAUCAUAGGAUCUCUGUAUCCCUAUAUAUACAAAGAUCACUUGUAUCUUUUACUAAAAAUUAUAUUAUUUACAAGGUAAAUAUAUUCUAAUACCAUGUGUGUAUGUUGAAUACUAUAUACCAAGAAUACUGAGUUGUUGAAAUAUUUAGAAAGCAUACAUUUGACUUUAAAUAUCUAAUGCCUCAAGCAAAUCUGCUAGUUUCAGAAGAAUAUAUAUUUUUGUAACUGCAAGAAUAUGAGUAGAUAAUAGCUUUUGCUUAAAAUAUUUUUGUAAGCAUUCAUUUACACAGUACUCAUUUUUAAUAGUAAAAUAUCAAAUUGAUCCUGUAAAAGUACGUUUUGACUAUGUCUGUAUUUAAUAUUAUAUAAUAUCCAAAAUUCAAUGAUAAAUUUCAUCUAAAUAUAUUAUUAGCCUUUUUUUCCUUUGUAAAGUAGCCAUGUAACAUAGUUUUAAUCAUUCCCUAUUUUGUAUAUGGUUAAAUUUGUUAAAGUCCAUUAUGUAUUUUAUAUCAUUUGUUUUUCCCCACAUAAAAGAUUGUAAUAGUAAUGUUAUCUGAUAAAUGUCAAUAAUAAUAAAGUGAAUUAUAGUA